AGGACCAGAACAGAAGGACCAAAAUACCAUUUGUUAAACAGCAUACAUUAUUUAUUUGUAUUUCAUUUAUUAUUUCAUUUUAUUAAGUAAUAGAGGAGCUUGUUCAACAUGAGUGCGAGUCUGAGUGAGCAGUAUGAGGAGAAGGUGCGGCCCUGUAUUGACCUGAUAGACUCUCUGCGGGCUCUGGGUGUGGAGAAGGACCUGGCACUGCCCGCUAUAGCCGUGAUCGGUGACCAAAGCUCGGGGAAAAGUUCAGUACUGGAGGCGCUGUCUGGGGUGACACUGCCCCGAGGGAGUGGUAUCGUGACUCGAUGCCCACUGGAGCUGAAGAUGAAGAGGAGCAAGGAGGAGGAUGUGUGGCACGCAAAGAUCAGCUACCCAAGUCAUGAGGAGGAGAUUGAAGAUCCAGCAGAUGUGGAGAAAAUGAUCAGAGAGGCUCAGAAUCAAAUAGCCGGUGUCGGUGUCGGCAUCAGUGAGGAACUCAUCACUCUAGAGGUGACGUCGUCAAACGUUCCUGACCUAACGCUUAUCGAUCUGCCCGGCAUUGCCCGCGUAGCGGUUAAAGGGCAACCUGAGAACAUCGGGGAACAGAUCAAGAGGCUGAUCUCAAAGGUCAUCAAAAAGCAGGAAACCAUCAACCUCGUGGUGGUGCCGUGUAACGUGGACAUAGCCACCACAGAAGCACUGCAGAUGGCACAGGAAGUAGAUCCAGAGGGCGCGAGAACCCUCGGCAUCCUAACGAAGCCCGACCUGGUGGAUAAAGGCACGGAGGAGACGGUGGUGUCCAUCGUUCAUAACGAGAUCAUCAGCCUGACCAAAGGCUACAUGAUCGUCAGGUGUCGAGGACAGAAGGAGAUCAUGGACCGGGUCUCUCUGAACGAAGCCACUGACAAGGAGAAGGAUUUCUUCAGAGAUCACCCGCACUUCAGCACGCUGUAUGAGGAAGGUAAAGCCACCAUCCCCAAACUGGCUGAGAAACUCACGCUGGAACUCGUCCAUCACAUCGAGCUGUCUCUGCCGCGGCUGGAGGAGCAGAUUGAGAAGAAGUUGGCUGAAACUCAGGCCGAGCUGGACCGCUAUGGCUCCGGACCCCCCACAGAUCCAGCAGGGCGGAUCACCUUUCUGAUAGACAAAAUCACAGCGUUCACUCAUGACGUUGUGAACCUGACGACAGGAGAGGAGCUGAGGAACGUGCAACACUUCAAUAUUUUCUCAGAACUCCGUCGUUACUUUGCACAAUGGAAGGGUCAACUAGAUUCAUCCGGAGUGAAGUUCAACCAAAGAAUUGAGAAGGAAGUGGAGGACUACGAGAUGAAAUAUCGAGGCAGAGAGCUUCCAGGCUUCAUCAACUACAAAACCUUUGAGAUGAUGGUGAAGGAGCAGAUCAAGCAGCUUGAGGAACCUGCAAUCAAAAUAUUAAAAGAUACCUCAGAUCUCAUUAGGAAACGCUUACUCCAGCUGGCACAGAACAGCUUCGUGGGCUUCCCCGACCUCAUCAAAACAGCAAAGGCCAAGAUCGAGAACAUAAAGCAGCUGAAGGAGAUGGAGGCUGAGACAACGUUGAGGACUCAGUUUAAGAUGGAGAUGAUCAUCUACACCCAGGACAGCAUGUACAGUGACUAUCUGAGCAAGAUAAGAAAUGAAGAAGAUGAGGAAGACAGCGGAAGGUCUUUUGAACCCAAACAUCGCAGCAUCAUUUCCAGUUCUUGGUUUAAUUACCAAGAUAACAAAGCCACUCUUCAGGAACUGAUGCGCCACCUCAAAUCCUACUACGACAUCGCGAGUAAGCGUCUGGCUGAUCAGCUGCCACUGCUGUUGAUGUAUCUGCUGCUGCAGGAGUCGGCUGCGCAGCUGCAGAGAGAAAUGCUUCAGCUCAUCCAGGAGAAAGACGCCACCGAGCAUCUGCUGAAGGAAGACCACGACAUCGGAAACAAACGCGCCGGCCUGGAGAGCCGCCAGAACCGCCUGAAGCAGGCCCGCAGCUACCUGGUCAAGUUUUAGGCUCCAUCAUGUGGUCACGUUUAGGGUCCGUUGGGUUACUGGAUUGUGUUUGUUACAGGCUCGAUGAAUGGUGUGAUUUUGAGAAUAAAUUCGAAAAAAGGGAUGUUGAGGAUUUGGUAAAGUUCUACUUUUACAUUGGUUUCUAAAUAUGAACCUCAAUCCCCUGCACAUCAGCACCAGUGUGUAAUAAGUAUAAGGAACCUGAACCUGCUUUGCAAAAGCUGCAUUUAUUUAAAAGAAGCAGACAAACUUUUCUAUUUUGUUGAAGCAGAAUUUGCAGGUCGUGGCGUCUAAGCUAUGGUGCUCCCUUUCGUCCAUGCUUCUAUAAAUUGGCAAGCUUAUGAUGGCAAUCCUAGCACACCCCUGUCCCUAAUAUUUCAAGUUUAUUCUUAAAAUCCUUUACACUUAAAAAAAUAUAUAUAACACUUAUUCGCUGUGGUAGUAAUCAUCUGUAGCUGCUUUAUUACAUUUACAUUUACAUUUUUGGCAUUUAGCAGACGCUUUUACCCAAAGCGACUUACAGUACCGUGACAGAAUAUUAUCUAAGCAAUUGAGGGUUAAGGGCCUUGCUCAAGGGCCCAACAGUGGCAACCUGGCAGUGGUGGGGCUUGAACUAGCGACCUUUGGAUUACUAGUCCAGUACCUUAACCUUAUUACUGCUGUAAAGCUACAACUGUUUUAGACAAGAACAUUAUAAAUGUUACAUAUUUAUCAAUAUGUAUCUGACUAGCUGUUAUUAAAGAUAUAGUAUAGUGCAGGGGUGGACCAUUACAGUUUUCCAAGGGAAACUGGGACUGUUGUGGAGGGCUGGACCAAGAGGCUGAACUUAAUCUAUUAAAUCUAUUUAUGUAAUGAAGGGUAGAUUGUACAGUUUUGAUAAGCUGUUACUGUUAAGAGUAAAUGCUACAAUCAGGCAAUGAAAAUGACAAGUAGGCGAGGAAAACAUCAACAUCAACUUUUAUAAAAACAGUUGUGAACAAAACGUGCUGGUUUUUAAAUUAACUUUACACAAAGUACUGUUGCUGUUUAGUUUGGAGUCUAAAUACCUCAUUUGAUGUUGUCAUUUGUAAUAGUUAAAUAUGGUUUUUGGAAAUCACAAAGCUGGUCUUGACUGCUUCGAUCCUGGAUGUGUAAAGCUUUAUAAAAAGCUUCAGAUGCAAUAGUUAGUGUGUGUUCUAUGUAUGUAUGUAUGUAUGAGUGCAACAGGUGCAGCAGUGUUGUUGGGGCAUACCCUGUUAGCGCUGGUUAUUUUUUAUUUUAUUUUUUUGCACUCAUAUGAGUACAACACACGACACAUAUCAUUGUUAGCAGAAAAAAACAAGCACACCGCACAUCACCCAGCUAAUACCAUUCAUAUGAUGACGGGCAGCAUCGUGCUGUGAAGAACUGAGGGAGGAACACAGCUAAAUACAGUGACAUCCUUACUCUUCAACUUUCACCACAGCAAUGACCCGAAGCAUACAGCCAAAACAACACAGGAGUGGCUUCAGGUCAAAUCUGACAAGGUUGGAGAAGAUUUGUCUCGGAGAAGGGGAUGAACUGCCCAAAUUAAGGUGUAAACAGCUUGCAGAGCAGCUGCAUUGCUCUACACAGUAUUGAAUAAAUACUUGAAUAAUAUUUGAGUAAAAUCGUUCAGCUCUAGAUUUUUAAGACAUUUUUGAACCUCCCAAAUUCACAACACAAUAAAGUGCGCAAACAGUCGAGCCGUUUUAUCCACUGUUCAUUUCGACCUAGCAUAACUUCAAAAACGCUACAAUAAACUAAUCAUUAAAUAAGUAAA